AUGCUUCGUUUCAAUAUUUUAAGAAGUAUCUCACGGAGAUGUGAAUCUACGAUAUCAUUUGGUAAAAAAGAUGCAACUGGUGCUAUUUUAAGUAAUGUGAUUAAGCCUAGUAUCUUAGGAAAUAAGAAUCCAGAUAAGAAAUCCAAUGAAAAGAAUGAAAUAGUGAAGAAAUAUGUAUUGCAUUGUAAUUUUACCAAAAAUAAUACACAUUUCACAUAUUGCGCAGUGAUGGAAGAUUUAAAUUUCCUUCAAAACAAUGCACAACUAUCAUACAAUGAUAAAUUGUUAUAUUAUAUGAAAUUACCAUCAAAAGUAAGAUUGAAGUUAUCAACAGGUUGUUUAGGUUUCAGAAAAGCUGCCAGAGGUGAAUACGAAGCAGGAUUUCAAACGACAAACAAGAUCUUUCAAAUGAUUCAAGAAAAAAAUAUGCUAAAUAAAGAUAUUGAGAUCGUAAUGAAGGAUUUUGGUAAAGGUAGAGCUGCAUUUAUUGCAGCAUUAAAUGGUAAAGAAGGUACAGCUAUUAGAAAAUAUGUCAAGAGUGUUAGUGAUUCUACACCAUUGAAAUUCGGUGGUGUAAGGUCUCCAAGAAUCAGAAGACUAUGA